UUGAUAUUCCAGGAGGAAGAGAAAAAGGAGUGGUUCAAGGCUAUGGGGAGAAAGUUAAUAGGAGAUCUCCUGCUCAAAGCUGAUAGAGAUGUUGAGGAGUUCUACAUAAGUUAUGACAAAAUGAUGCAGUUUGUCAGUGUAGAGAGCAAUUGGCCUAUGAUUGAGGAAGAGCUGAGAGGAAGAGGGGUGCGCGUCAUGUCUUUCUAUGACAUUGUACUAGAUUUUAUCCUGAUGGAUGCCUUUGAUGACCUGGCCAAUCCCCCAUCGACCGUCAUCACUGUUGUACAGAAUCGCUGGUUGUCCAAUGGCUUUAAAGAAACUGCUUUGGCAACUGCUUUGUGGUCAGUGUUGAAAGCAAAGAGAAGUUUACUGAAGUUCAACGAUGGCUUCAUAUCUCACUUUUACUCCAUAUCUGAACAUACCAGUCCUCUGCUGGCAUGGGGCUUUCUGGGACCAAACACAGAGCUCAAGGAGCUGUGCUUGUUUUUCAAGGGCUUAGUUCUUGGCUUCAUCCAGGAUAUCUUCAGUUUUGAUAAGGUCAGGUUUACCACCGUCGAGGCUCUAGCAGAAGAUAUCCUCAAACUGGCAGAGCAGCAGAGUGAGAAUGCGGCAGAGAGGUUAAAAACUGGCAGUCCAGACAUCACACCAGUAGCUUCCUACUGUUGA